UUAGGAGGAUUAAUUAAGUCAUAGGUAAUGGACAUGACACCAAAAUACUACUGAGGUCUAACGGUAGUAAACAAAACUAAAAAAUGAAUUAAUCAUCCUCAAAAAAUAUUCUCCUGACCUGUCUAGACCUUUUUUGUGUGGACACCUUUUUUGUGUGAUCAAUUAUGGACUUUGUGUGUGUUUGUUUGACUUUUACAAAACAUUACGCAAAUAACCUGGCCUCGAUUUUAAUCAUUUACUCAUCAAGACAUUUCUGGCAUCUGAAUGAAUGUAAGUAUUUUUAGAAUUAGACAGAGCUCACGUUCACAUCUGGUGAGGCCAUUACUUUUAUCGACCAUUAGCUUUAAUGGCUAUGUUUGGCCUUGUCAUGUUGUUUGAUCAACUGACGCUGUUUGGAGCAAAAAGACGAUGGUAAUGACGUGAACUUUGACUCAUGCAGUAUACACGGUUUAGAUAAAAAACAAUAUGGUAAACAGACACUAAGCCGGGUCCUUAAGACAAUAAACCCUUGUAACUCUCACCUGCUUCAGUAGUAAUGUCUUCAAAUGGAUGUGUUUGUGUCGGUCGCUGUUUUUUUAUGAGGAUUGAGAGAGAUCUGCUUUUAAAAGAAUGUUUGGUCUGAAAGUUAUCGAAGAAACUGAGGUCUUCUCAGUUUAGAAAAAAUUCUCUAAUCAUCAGUCGUCACUACACCAUCAGUAAAUUCUACUACACUAUUUAAUACUUCAAUACUGAGACCAAGAGAUCAUUUUAAAUAAUUUUUGAGAUAAAUUUCUAAUUGCUACUUUCCCAAUUUUCCCCAAAGUAAAUUCACUAUUCAUUUAUUAUUGCUUGCAACUGUUCUCUUGCUUAAAUAUUGCUUGUUGUGUAAAACCUAGUCAUAGUUUGGUUGAGUUAGAUUUGUUAAUUUAUUGCUAGUUGUUUGAAUUUGCAAUUUUAUUUCAGCUCAAUUAAAACAGUUUGCUGUGUAAUCCUUUUUCUUACUUACUUGAUUUGUCUAUUUAUUCCUUUGGUGAUUCUUUGAACUUAAACAUACAUUUAAUACAGCUACUGUGCUGCUGUGCUAAGUUUAUCUUUGGUUUUUCAUUUAACUUGAAGAACUUGAAGGAGCCACUUUGCUGUACCACUCAAACAAUGCAUGCUGCAAAUAUACUAGAUUUGUUUCUUAAAAAACUUAAUUUUAAUUUAAUUUAAUCAUUUCAAUCAAAAGACCUCAAGUCUGUGCACAACAGACUAAAAACUCCAGGUUAUAAAUCAGAAUCAAUUAAUGGGAAGUGUAAUCAAUUACACAGUGUUUAUCUUCCCUAUAAUUACAUCAUUAUUUCCUGAACAAUUUGCCAAAAUAGAGUUUCUCAUUUGUCUCACUAGAACACACAAGGAUAACAUAGUGAGCCCUAUAUUUCUGAGACAAUGUUGGUAAUUAGUAUCAAAAACAGAAAUGGAACUAGCUACCACUGAAGUAUUUUAAUGAAACAGUGUUGGUACUGCACACUAAAUGAAUCAUACAGAUUUGGGUCUUGUUCAAUACUUUAGCAAAUAAGUUAUUAUUGAAUUUAGAAAAGGAUCACAGAGUUAUCUAUGGGAUUUUUACCUUUGUUCAACAUGACUUAGAUUGAUUAUUGACAAUCAUAGAAAUGUCCUGAACAGCCACAGUUAUAGUGACAUCUUCAUAAAAUGGCCCUAUGUCAGAAAUACUUGCUAAAACCUACUGAGUCUUCCUGGAAAACCCAACAGAGAAAACCCGUGAGACAUAAAUAAAGGCUGUGCUAAUGUCACUUUCACUUUUGGUAAUGAAUAAGGUAAAUAGGUCAUCAAUACUUUGCAAACAUUUGUGGAGAGAAGACAAGUUGUUACACACAUUUGUUUUGAAAAUUGGAUCAAUAGACAAAUCAAACAAACUAGCACUUGUGUUUUGAACAGCUGCAGGUCGUUUCUCAGAAAAACAUUUCUUGGUAUCUGUCAUUCUGCUCUGAUAAAAUGCCUCUGUGAGAAGUCGCAGUGAUUUUUCUGCUCCAUUUUCUUCACUCACUCUCUCUCGCACUCACUUUUACAAACACACACAAACUAAGGAGCUUAUUCUGCACCAUAAAACUGUGAGAAGUGCCUUCAUGCCACAAACAAGUCACUGUUUCCCAAAGCCUGAGCCCCAUCCUCUCCUCGCAUCGACCAUCAACUUCAGCACAUUUAUGACUUUACUGCCCGGCCCUCCAGUUCAUUUAGACAGCCUGGCUUAAAGGAGAUGGCCAUGUGCUUCCUGACACGCUGAAUUAUUCUGAAUCAUUUCACUUAAGGGCCCAGAUGCUACCUGUCUGUUGCCCUCCGCUGAGAGGGCAAUUAAGGCAGCCUGGUGCCUGCUAAAUGCCCCCCCUACUUCUGCAUGAGCGGAUGCGUCUCCUUAUCUGCUUCUCUGUCAUCAUGUCGUGUGCACCUCGCCCCCUUCGUGCCCACAUGCAUCAGCACCAUUGUGGCCACCGCCUCUUUUUUUUUUCUUUUUUUUAAUUUGCCCUCACCUGUCUCAGAGAUGGUGCUUCUAUUAUCAGAGUCGACUUUGAACAUGACGGAGGGAGAGACUUGGCUCUACAGCCGCUUGAUUACCAGCGUUGGAUGAGAACUUUGCUGCCAAGGAGAAUCUGCCUCUAGAGAGAUGUAGUUUAUAAAGGGUGAGGACACAAGAAUAAUCGUGCAGUUUGUUUGAUUGUCUUAGUCGAGACUUUCUUGAAUCUGAAUUUGUUUGACGAUUUCUCUUUGUCAUGGUAAAUUGGAGGACGUGCCACCUUUUUGCUGGACGUCUUGUUCCUCUCAGCAACAUCCCAAACUGAAGAGAUGCAGGUGGCUCUCGAGGAUUGCAUCGCUCUCUCCGUCUACACCUUCACCUUCCUGCUGGGCUUUCCCUCCAACCUGCUGGUCCUCUUCGUGUAUGUGCGCAAGGCCCGCAAGCGUGGCGCCACGCCCAAUGUGGUCUACGCCCUAAACCUGUGCUUGGCCAACCUGGUCCUCGUGGCGUGGCUGCCCGUCAAGGCUCUGGAGACGUUCCUUCAGGACUGGAGGCUGCCGGCGCCCAUCUGCCCCAUCUACAACUUCUUCCUCUUCUCCUCGCUGUAUGGCAGCUGCCUCUUCAUCACUGCUGUGACAGUGGGGCGUUACCUCAGCAUCGCUUUCCCAAUUAUCUACAAGAGAUACCGCCGUGCUCGAAUCUCUUGCUUCAUCAGCGUUGCCCUUUGGGUGUUGGUGCUGCUUCACCUCAGCUGUGCCCUGGUGGCUGAAGAAGGAGCUCACUUCGUCUCCAUCAAGGAUCAAACCUCAGCUUGCUAUGAAAACUUCACCACCUCCCAGUUGGAUGUUCUGCUGCCUCUGCGCCUGGAGAUGGCCAUCGUCCUGUUUCUUUUACCCCUGAUUGUGACGUCCUUCUGCACGCUGCGCUGCGUUACCCUGGUGUGGCGCUCAAAUUUGUCCCUUAUGGGAAAGAGAAGAGUCCUGACUGUCGCACUCUCCACGCUUAUAGUGUUUGUGGUGUGCUAUGCACCCUACAACGCCUCGCACGUUGUGGGGUUUGUGUUGGACAGAGAUGUUGAAUGGAGGACAUUAGCAAUGCUGACAAGCUCCUGCAAUGUUUUCCUGGAGCCUGUGGUCAUGCUGAUGCUGUCGCCAGCAGUGUCGAGGGGCAUCAUGGGAAGAAUCUGUGGACGGCAAAGUCAGUUCAGCCGAAUGGAGGGGUGUCGGCAUCGGUCUAAAACCGCCAACGGCAUUGCAAACGUCAGGACACCACCUACGCUGUCUGAGAGGAGCCAUAAGGGGGCAGAGGUGACUAAAGUGGGGACUUCUGAGAUUGUGACAAAUCCAAAAACAGAAACAGGAUAAAAUCAUUAAUGGGCAGACUGAUAGACAACAUCCUCCUCCUUACCGAUGAAGCAACAAAUAAGCUAGAUAAUAUCUCAUUGUCAAUAUGUCAUUUCAAGGCAGAAUGAUUUAAUCACAGCUGCAUCACACUGUGUCAUCAGGUUUCAACUUCCCUUCUCUCUGAACACAAAUGUAGAGUACUGAUGAGUCCUCUGUUAUGUCAGUGUUUUUGCUGGUCAGUAAAAAGGAAAUAUGAGCAAGCCUUAAAAUCCUUUUUUCUUUUUACCAAGGAGACUGCAUCUUAAAACUGGAAUAAGUGUUGUUUUUUCUCAGAUGUUAAGGCUUAUGUCGUUUAACGAGGCUGAACUUUAUGUCAGAUGAUUAGCUUGGUGACGAAUGGCUCCAUCUGGUGUCUGUCAGUUACUGUUCCAAGAUGUUACAAGGGAAUUGCUUCAAAAUAUGUCAUGUUCUUGUUUGGGAAGUGUUUAAUGUCACAAGACAGGCUGACAGUUUCCUCACAGAUGUAACUAAUAUCAUAAUUAUGGCUGAAUCUGUGUUUCAGUGCGCUGGCACACAUAAAUGGAGCAGAUCGUUACUGUCAUUAGUUACACCUGUGAUGAGUCAAAAUAUCCUCAGUGGGAUAAGAGGUAUAAAAGUAUAUCAACGAUUUGGUGUUUGAAAUGAAUCAA